AUGCGAACCACCGCGGCGCCCGCGGCCGCGGCCGCGGCGUCCGCGUCGCGCGCUCUCGCCGCCGCGAAGGACGCGGAGGCGUCGCUCGCAACCGCGCUCCGCGACGCGACGUCGACGAGGACCACCCUCCGCGCCCUCCUCGAGUCCGCGGCCGCGACCGCGGACGACGACGCGACGCGCGCGGGCGUCGGCGUCGGCGACGGCGAGGCCGAUAUCGCGCGCGACGGCGCGACGAACGGCGACGACGUCGAGUCGCUCGUCGCGCGGCUGCGCGCGAUGCGCGACGUCUCCGACGCGCUUCGCGAGCACGCGCGCGCGGAGGGCGCGACGCGCGAGGCGACGCGACUCGCGUCGUCGCUGCGGGACGAUUCGCGUCAGAGAUCGUCGUCGGACGCGUCGAACACCUCCGCGCUUCUCUCCCAGCUGGAGCGCGCGGAGGCGUGCGCGGCCGCGCUGCGCGUCGCGACGAGCGCGCUCGCGUCCGCGUCCGCGUCCGUCGCUCACGACGCGAGCGCGUACCGCCGGUUCGCGCGCGCGAUCAGCGUUCGCGUCGUCGCCGCGGCGCGCGUCGUCCGCGGCGUCGCGUCGCGCGCGUUGAUCGCCGGCGCGGCGAAGGCGCGGCGCUGGCCACCGGCGAUCGCGCCGAACGCGGUCGACGCGUACGCGUGGGAGAGGGAGAGGGGGGGGGGGGAGGAGGAGGAGGAGGAGGAGGAGCGGGAAGGCGGCGGCGGCGACCUCGGCGAUCUAGACGACGAGGUCGUCGCGAAAGCGGCGAGGGCGCUGGCGACGUCGCGACGCGCCGCCGUCGCGGCGCUCGAAGCGUCGGGCGCGCGGCACGCCGAAGAUGACGUCGACGGCGACCACGACGACGACGAAGCGUUUUUUUCCGGAGAGGACGCCGCCGUAUCCGCCGUAUCCGCCGGCGGCGGCGUGUGCUGGGUCGCCGACGCGUUCGCGGCGCCGGCGGCGGCGUCGUUGACGUCGCAUUUCGCCGGCGGCGGCGUCGCGUCGGACGCGACGCGCCCCGAGCGGCUGUUCCUCUGCGCGGGGAAGAUCGUCGCGACGCUCGCGCCCGCGCUGUCGCGCGCGAUGGGACCGUACUUAGAGGCGAACGACGACGACGAGGCGCGCGAGGGAGGAGGACGAGGACGAGGACGAGGACGACGAUCGGGUGAAUCGACGCGGCGACUAGAGGCUGGAUUCGCGGCGGCGACGGCGGCGGCGGCGGCGGCGAUCCUCCGCCGGCAUCUCCUCCCCGCGACGGCCGCGAUUGAGGCCGAGGAGGCUGCGAAGGGCAGCGCGAGCGCGAGCGACGGCGUGCGCGCCGCGGACGACGCGCCGUGGCUGCACCUCGCGGACGAGGCGGCGCGGUUCGACGACGUCGUCGCGGUCGCGACGGCCGGCGGCGGCGGCGGCGGCGGCGGCGGCGGGCUCAAACGAUUCCCGCCGCCGCGACGCGCGUCGUGCCUCGGCGCGAUCGCGCGCUCGAACGACGCGUGGGCGGCGCGGUGGAUGGCCGCGGAGAUGCGAGACGGCCUGCGGACCACGCACAGAGCCGCGGAGGCGCGGAACGACGACGCGUGGACGCCGAGGGACGUCGGGAGAGACGCGGGGUACGAAGAAGGCGACGCGGACCCUUUCUUCUCCGGCGAGGAGGGUGCCGAGGGUGCCGAGGGUGCCGAGGGUGCCGAUGGUGCCGAUCACGACGAAGACGACGACGAGGACGACGACGACGCGUUGUCCGGGGUGCCGCCGAUCGCGCAGGUUGUGUUGGAGACGGUCAGACGCGCGACCGAGCGCGCGUGCGUCCUGCCCGCGCCGCGCCCGCGACGACGACGACGACGCGCGGCGCGGGGAGCGAAGAAAGAGGAGGAAGACGACGUCGUCGUCGUCGACGACGACGACGACGAAGAGGACGAAGACUACGAUCACGACCCGCGCGUGUCCUACCUCCUCAACGUCGCCGCGGCGAUCGCGUACGACUUCCUCGACAUCCUCAGGCGCCGCUGCUGGAGCUUCGACAACGCGCUCGGCGUCGUCGGCGGGUGCGUCCGCGCCGCGUCGUUCCUCUCCGAUGCCCUCCGCGACCUCGGCGAGGAGCCGGCGACGCUGGCGAUCGGCGCCGACGUCUUCGCGGACGUGUGCGGCGCGUUCGACGCGUUCGUGGACGAGCGCGUGGCGCGGAUCGCGAAAGACCUCGAGAGAGGGUUCGCAGACGCGAGCGCGGCGUAUCGCGGCGGGAAAAAUCUCGAGACGUUCGGGUUCGACGGCGCGGGCGGCGUCCGCGCGAAGAACGUCAACGCGGUCUCGUUCGAGCCGACGCUGGACUACACGCGUCGCGCGCUGCGCCUUCUCCGCGCGGCGCUCUUUUUCCGCCGCGACGACGCCGAGCUCUUCUCGCGCGCCGCCGCGGCGUUCGCGUCCGCGGCGGGCGAACGGCUCGUCCGCGACGUCGUCUUGGGCGCCGCGACGUGGAGCGCGAGCGGGGGCGCGCGGUUCGCGGCGGACGCGGACGCGCUGACGGGCGUCUUCGGCGCAUACGGGAUCAGCGGGAGGCGGCGAGGUGGGCGCGGAGGAGGAGUGACGCGUCGGAAGCCGGCGUUUUACGCGCAGCUGGCGACGCUCCGCGAGGCCAAGGCGCUGCUCUCGUUGGACGUGGACGCUGCGCGGGCGUUCGCGAAGACGAUAGAAAACGGCGGAGAGGCGAGCGUUAUGGACGCACGGGAGAAGCACGGCGUGCAUCGUUCCGACGACGACCGCGUCCGCGACGUGAUCCUUCGAAUGGUGUGA